AUGUACGGACGUGAUCCAUGGGGCGGUCCUUUGGAGAUAAAUGCGGCAGACUCCAUCACCGACGACGAUCGCAGUCGAAAUCUGCAAGAACUCGACCGUGCGGCUCAUUCGCGACAACUAGACGCCACGCAGCAGAGCUGGCUACUCGGACCUAAGGAGAGGAAGAAGAAGAAGUACGUAGAUCUCGGAUUCAUACUAGUCAGCCGCAAAAUAUUUCUCUGGACUCUUGGAACAUUUGCAGUAACAGCUUUCCUCGCUGGAUCCAUAACCAUGAUCGUCAAAUUCGGGCCACACCACAAACACAAGCGGACACAGCCGGAUAAUUACACACUCGCUCUCAACAAAGCUCUCUUGUUCUUCGACGCUCAGAAAUCUGGGAAUUUACCAAAGCACAAUGUCAAUAACGUGUCGUGGAGGGGUGAUUCUUGUAUGCAAGAUGGGAAAGACAAUCCAGGACAAUUCUACAAAGAGUUGGUAGGAGGCUACUACGAUGCUGGAGAUGCUAUUAAAUUCAGCUUCCCAAUGUCUUAUGCUAUGACCCUCUUGAGUUGGAGUGUGAUUGAAUACAGUGCCAAGUAUGAAGCUGCACGAGAGCUCGACCAUGUUAAAGAACUCAUCAAAUGGGGAACUGACUAUCUCCUCAAGACCUUUAACAGUAGUGCUGAUAUAAUCUAUGCUAUGGUGGAACAGGUCGGAUCUGGAGAUACUAGUAAAAAAAGUGUAGUGCAUAAUGACCAUUACUGCUGGAUGCGUCCUGAGGACAUUGAUUACAAAAGGACUGUAACAUCAUGUUACGGUUCCUGCUCGUAUCUUGCUGCAGAGAUGUCUGCUGCUCUGGCUUCUGCGUCCAUUGUAUUCAAGGAUGACAAAGCCUAUUCGAAAAAGCUCGUUCACGGUGCUAAGACUCUGUAUAAGUUUGCAGACUCAACUAAAUUCAGUCACGGUAAACAACAUAAAGAGUCCAGUGAGUUUUACAAAUCAAGUCUCUCUUGGGAUGAGCUUCUAUGGGGUGGGGCUUGGUUGUAUUACGCUACAGGGAAUGUAACAUAUCUUCAACAUGUUACCACUCACGUUUUGGCCAGUCAUGCUGGUGCCUUUGGGAAUAGCUCUUACUAUGGUGUAUUUAGCUGGGACAACAAGCUUCCAGGGGCUCAGUUGCUCUUGACUCGGUUGAGACUUUUUCUGAGCCCUGUAUAUCCAUAUGAAGACAUGUUGAGCACCUUCCAUAACCAAACAGGCAUAGUGAUGUGCUCCUACUUACCUUAUUUCCACAAAUUUAACAGAAGCAAGGGAGGUUUGGUUGAGUUGAACCAUGGAGAUCCACAGCCUCUUCAAUACGUUGCAAAUGCAGCUUUCUUAGCGGCGCUAUUCAGUGAUUAUCUAGAUGCUGCAGAUACUCCUGGAUGGUACUGUGGCCCUAAUUUCUACUCUACUGAUGUCCUACGCAAGUUUUCAAGAUCGCAGAUUGAUUACAUACUUGGUAAAAACCCACGGAAUAUGAGUUAUGUUGUUGGUUUUGGGCAACGUUACCCGAAACGUGUACAUCACAGAGGAGCAUCAAUACCAAAGAGUGUUAAGAAAGAAAGCUGCAAAGGAGGAUGGAAAUGGAGAGACAGCAAAAAGGAAAACCCAAACAAGAUUAUUGGAGCAAUGGUUGCUGGACCUGACAAGCAUGACGGUUUCCACGACGUUCGUUCAAACUACAACUACACAGAGCCGACUCUAUCGGGCAAUGCCGGUCUGGUCGCUGCUCUGGUGGCAUUAUCAGGAGGUAAGACGGCUGUUUCUAUUGACAGAAACACCAUGUUUUCUGCCGUACCUCCGCUUACACCUGACACGCGGCCGCCUCCAGCACCUUGGGAACCUUAA